AUGGAUAAAAUUCUCAUUGCUGAAGAUCGUUAUGGACUAAAGGCAAUUCAUCUUGAAGAGGACGAUCUUAUUGAUCGUUUAAAUAAUAGAUUUACAGUCUUGGGAUUAAUUAUGUGUAUUUCUAUCAUUGCGGGAGGUGUUUUAGUCGGUAAACCAAUCAAUUGUUGGACACCAGCUGAAUUCAAAGACCCACAUAGCGGUUAUGCGAACAGUAUUUGUUGGUUGAAAGGAUCCUACUAUCUUCCAUCAGAAGAAAUUACCAUACCUGAUCGAUCGAUACCUCGAACUUACUUUGUUUCCUAUUAUCAAUGGACAGCAUUUAUUCUACUUGGUAUGGCUAUGUUCUUUCUUCUACCUCAAUACAUAUGGCAUGCAUUCAUACGACAAAGUGGUGUCAAUACUCAACGACUUAUAAAAACUAUUAAAGAUCAACCAGAUGCUGACAAAGGUGUGGAAUCAGCACAAAGCUCAUUAAAAUUGUUUCUUGAUGCACAAUAUAUGUUAAAAGGAGAAAUCUGUUGUGGUUAUCAUUGUUCCAAUUUUUAUUUUGGUUAUACAAUAAUGUAUUUUACAGUAAAAGCUCUUUAUGUUAUCAAUACUAUGACUCAAUUUUUCUUAUUGAAUGCAUUUUUAUCGUUUAAUUUUACUAGCUUUGGUCCUCAAGGAAUAAAUAAAAUAUUUACUGAGGGUGAUUGGUUUGAAUCACCAAGAUUUCCUCGUGUUACUAUGUGUGAUUUUAUGGUACGACGUUUAGGUUCAAAUCAACAUUGGUAUGCAGUACAAUGUACUUUACCAAUUAAUAUGUUUAAUGAAAAGAUAUUUCUCGGUAUUUGGAUAUGGUUAAUAGUUUUAACAAUAUUAAAUAUUUUAUCAAUCAUUCCUUGGAUAAUAUCAUUAACAAGAAAACAGCGAUUAGCAACAAUUGGAAAAUAUUUGAAAAUGAAUAAAACAUUAUCCGAAGAAAAAGAAACCUUUUCAUCAUCGACACCAAUGUCACCAUAUGAAAUGCACAAAUUUAGU